AGCCGACGCUUCACAAAAGCAAAAAAAGUCAAUCACCGAACAUAUUGGAUAGGCCGAGAGGGAGAGUGUGAGAGAUCUGCUUUUUUGAUGCAAUUGCAUGUACCUGAGUUACUUGGCACGCUCUACUGGAUUCCCUAUUGUUCUCUUUUCUUUUUAAAUUUUAAACACACAGCAGAAAUCAGAAAAUUUCACACAUUUGUUUCUACCUCCUAUGCCACGCAACACUCCUUGCCGAGACUGCAAAAAACGACGGAGGAGAUGUGUGUGGCAAGAAAAUUCAACCAUUUGUACUCGAUGCGCGAGGCUGGGACUUGACUGUGCCCCAUUUGAAGAUCCUAGCACCGAUGAAGACGAUUUACCAGCAGAAGACGGCACAACUGAAAUACAGCUCUGGCUCAGCCAAAUAUCGAUAAUGGAAAAAGAAAUGCGAGAGAUCGAACGUUAUAUACAACAGUCAACACCAUAUACUAUGGCCACACCACUGCCCGACACUUGCAGCAUACAGAAAUGUUCAAGUUAUUCAACGUUACCAACGCCACCACCACUACCACAACCACCACCAGCACAGGAUGAACUUGUUGACAGCUUUUUAUUACAGCAACAGCCUGAGUGGGACUUAAGCAUCGUAGAUGGCAAGCUCCGGCUAGAAACGGGCAUUAAAAGCGUCGACGAAUUGAUGAAAUACAUGCAAGCGUCCUUGCGGUACCUGUCACCAUUCGCAAACUUUUUCCAAGCAGAGUCGGUCCGGUUUGAAAGCAUAUCCGUAAAUGUGGUGAUCCGAGCUCUACGGUUAAUCUCACAAAAAUGUCUGACUCGGCCGUUGGUGCCUUUAUCCAUCAACCGCCUUCCCGUUCUUUACGACCAUCGUGCUAUCAUCGACCAACUGGUCACCCUGUAUAUGAAACAACAACACCACUUUCAUCCAUUUCUUCACGCACCAUCCUAUUUCUCACAUUAUCGCCGUCUUAAAGAUCCAAUGUCAUGUCCAAUCACCCUUGCAGUGUGCGUGCUUACCGUCUGUAGUCCUCGUCGAAUUGUCGGUUACACAGCUGUCGAAAAGCGUCAAUUAGCCGAGUUCUUCUACGUGAAAUGCAAAGAGAUGCUUAUGGACAUGUUUGACGAUCCUCUACGCAAACUCGAGACCAUUACUGUGAUUUCGUUAACCCAGCAUUUCACCACGUUUGUGCUGCUGCAGUUCACCGAAGCCCGUCGGCUUUCAACGAUAGCGUAUCUGCUCUGCCAGGAACUCUAUCCACUUUAUACCAGCAAAAAAAUGCCCCAGGAAAUGAGUGUCGUGUAUGAACGGAACUUCAUAUUUGCCGAGUCGUUUAUGCGGAUCCUAGACAUGAUGAUAGAAGACAAGGUCGAUGACAAUUUGCCAACGAUCACUCGUGUGGUAGUCGCAGAUGAUGAGGACGAUUUGACGGCUCAGUUUCUGUGCAUGUACAAUCAUAUGUUGCGACUCUCUACGUCUCCGUAUAUGGCUACUCUGUUGGCACAAAUCAAGCGAAUACUCACUGGUUUAGGCGGCGAACUUAGCAUUGAAGUUAUUGUGCGGCUGACUGAUCAGAUCAAAGAAUGGUGGAGCUCUGUUCCGAAACACUUGCGACUGUCUGAAGAUCCCUUUCCACCUGAUGCCAAAGAACUUGUGGCAAAAUGUGACAGCAUGAUGAAGUUGACCAUGUUCAUGGUCGUAAACGUUCUACCAACAGUUGUCAACUCAUGUCUGUUGAAGCCUGCAAAAACACAUGAAAAUGCUGACAUCCUAAUGAUGAUGCGCGAACGAGCAAUGACAACUUGUUUGCGGUCUUGUGAAAUCGUACUUUUGGUUAUCAAACGAAGGUUUACCUUGGAUGAUGAUGUGCCACCGUUGACCUUUGAAAUGCUGGUGAAUGUCAUGUAUGCCUUAAGUGCAGUCGCAUCAUGCGCAGAAACCACUGUUUCUGCAGAUCUCCAACGUCUGUUUCACGAUUGCUUCAAUCAUACCAAUUCGUUCUUUCCAUCCGGCCAUCGUAUCCCUCCCUCCUUGUCCCCGCUUAAAUCACUCAUGACCACCCAACAAGUGCAUGAACUUGACAUUUAUGAAAGGUAUCCACUUCCCGGAUAUGCACUUAUCUCUGACGUCUUCAACCAAUCCUUCAUACACAUCCAAUCGAAACUCCAUGGUUCAUCUUCACCGACCCCAAUGAACAUUGCAUAAACUUUUGACUUCCGUUUUCCUCAUUUCACCCUGUAUGAUAAACUUUUUGUAAUUUUACACACGUGUAAUAAAAGGCCCUGAUUUCUGUAUUAUUAUUUUUCCUUCUUGAAUUGGACUUCGAUUUCGGCAAUGCCAACAGGUUCUCCUG